AUGGAGCCUGAUGACGUUGCGGAGUACAGCCGCCAGGGCUACUGGGAGCAAAGGUACAGCAAGGAGGAGCAGUACAACUGGUUCCCCUCCGUUCACGAGGCGGCAGUAAAGGCGUUAUGUGACGAGCUCGCAACAGUCUUUGCUCAGCGCGCUUCAGCGGCUGCGCGGGGCGGAGGAGACCGCCCGGUUUUGCGGGUGCUCCACGUAGGCACGGGGAACUCGUCCCUCUGCAGCGACCUGCACGAGGCCGUGCGAGCGCGCCAGUUCCCAUUUACGCUGGAACAGGUAGCGAUGGACUACGCUCCCAAUGUCAUUGAGAAAAUGCGGACGAAAUAUCCACCAGAUGUGCUGCCAAACACAGAGUGGAAGGUAGGUGACGUGCGUCACCUUGAAGACUUUCGUGCACUGGGUCCCUUUGACGCUGUGAUAGAUAAAGGGACAAUGGAUGCGCUUGAGGCUGAUAAGAGCAGUGAAACGACUGAGGAAGAUGUGGAGGCUAUGCUGCGCGGGGUGGAUGACCUCUUGGCACACGCAAAGGGGUAUGGAGCUUUUAUGCAGAUUACGUGGGUGGUGCCGUACAUGCGGCUGCAUUACACGAAGCGAGAUGCGUUCGGAUGGGGUAGCCAGGUGCGUCACACCCUACUGGGUGACAGUGACAUGUACCGCCUCUACGUGUACACUGUGAAGCAAUGA